AUGAAUUUGAUCGCCAAAAUCGUCACCAUGGUGUGGUUCAAGGUCGAGGACGCCCUCGUCGCUCGCAUCCUUCAAAUGCCCCAGUUCCACCACGGCGUCCGCAAGAUCCACCGCACCGUCGAAGAGUUCCGUCAUGGUCGUGAUCCCAACGAACCGCUACGCGAGGGCGAGGCCACAGAGGAUCCGAAUCUACAGAAGCCACAGGUCCAGACCUUCGUCAGAUAUUUCGUCGAUGAAAUGCGCAACCAGGCGCGGGGAACGCCAACCGACAUCGAUAAUCAACCACUACCUCCCAAAAAGUGA